AUAGCAUCCCCCCGAACGCAGCACCAAUCUUCCUGCUCUUGCGUCCGCGCGAACAAUACGCUUGUGUGGAUGGACAUAAACUUAACACAGAAGCAGAAGCUUCGGGCUCUCCCCGCACGAGAUCUUCAAAGUCAACUCAGGAUUUGUCUGCGACUCCUGUAGACCUUUAACACUGCGACUAACAUUGUUAUAUUUGUUUAUACACAACUGCCAAAGAUGUCUGCGAUUAAAUGUCCUGCUUGUGGAUCCACCAAUAUCGAUACUGAUCCAGCACGUGGAGAUGCAGUUUGUAAAAGCUGUGGUAAUGUAGUAGAAGAUCAACUUAUUGUCAGUGAAACAACUUUCGAAGAAACACCAUCAGGUCAUAUGGUAGCAUAUGGUCAGUUUGUUGCUAGCGACAGUACAGGUGGUGCCACAGGUUUUGGUGCAGCUUAUCAUGUCAAUGGAAAAGAAUCUAGAGGGAUUACUCUACAAAAUGCUCGGAGAGGUAUAACACAACUUUGUGCACAGCUACACUUACAAUCUUACUGUGUUGACAUAGCUAUGGGCUUCUACAAAAUGGCUUUGAAUUACCAUCUGACGCGUGGUAGAAAGCAAGCUCACAAUCAAGCUGCCUGUGUAUAUAUCACUUGUCGUACAGAGAAAACUGCACAUAUGCUUAUCGACAUUAGUGACGUUCUUCAAAUCUGCGUUCAUGAACUGGGACGGACAUACGUGAAGUUCGCAAAAGCUCUUCAUAUCAAUAUACCUUCGAUAGAUCCUUGUUUGUACAUCAUAAGGUUUGCGAAUAAGCUCGAUUUCGGUGAUAAACAUCACGAAGUGUCUAUGACAGCUCUGAGAGUAGUUCAGAGAAUGAAAAGGGAUAGUAUUCAUAGCGGCCGUAGACCAUCGGGUCUAUGUGGCGCAGCUCUAUUGAUAGCCGCACGACUACACGAAUUCAAUAGAACAUCUGCUGACAUUAUAAAAAUUGUUAAAGUACACGAGUCUACUUUACGUAAAAGAUUAAUAGAAUUCGGCGAUACACCAUCCAGUGCUUUAACAUUAGACGAAUUUAUGACAGUGGACCUGGAGGAAGAACAGGACCCGCCAGCAUUUAAAGCAGCACGUAAGAAGGAUAGGGAACGUCUACAAAAGUUAGAUAAUAUAGAUGCGGAAAUAAGCGAGUUGCAAGCAGAAAUUGAUAGACAAUUAGAAGAAUACAAAACAGGAAAAUUGAAGAAACGAAAAGAUACAUUAGGUGACAUGGAGAGUGAAGAUACGGACAAAUUUAUCCGAGAAAGCAAUUUGAACGUAAUCAAUGAAUUUGUUCAUAAUAAUGUGGAUGAUCCUGAUGAAAUCCAAGAUUCUACAAUGGAAGAUAAUUGCUCAGAUAUUACCGGACUUGGUCCGGAUUUGGCGACAAUGGGGCUGCUUUCUACGAAUGAUUCUACAAAUGAAACCAAAGAAAAAUUAAAUAAUAAUGAAGAUAAUUGCGAAGAAAUCAGUAUAGAUGACAUAGAUGAUGAGGAAUUGGACAGUUACAUCCUUUCGGAAAAGGAAGCGAAUUAUAAAUCUGCCCUUUGGAAUAAAGUGAAUGCUGAAUAUCUCGUUAAAGAAAAGGAAAAAGAAGAGAAGCGCUUAAAGGAGACAGAGGAGGGUAAACCCGAAAAGAAAAGAAGAAGGACCACCAAGAAGAAUAAAACGCCCGCGAAUACCGCUGGCGAAGCGAUUGAAAAGAUGUUGCAAGAAAAGAAGAUAUCUUCCAAAAUCAAUUACGAAGCACUGAAAAUUUUAAACAGUACUGUAAAUUCUUCUAGCAAUCAGCAAGAAAACAAUCAAGAAUCAUCCGUCAUGACGAAUACCACGUUGGGAUUGGAUGAUAAAAUGAAAAAGACUUUUAAUAAACCGAUGUCAGUCUAUUCUUCUGACAAUACAACAAUUUCAUUAUCGAGAAAAUCUUCACCCAUUAAAUCAAGUAUUCAGCAAACAAAGAAAACAACCGAAAUACCACAACAGGAAAAGGAUGAAGAAACUAUGGAGAAGGAAAUCAUUCCGAUGGAGAAUUCGAUAUCCGUUGCAGAUAUAUCAAUGGAAUCUGAAAUUGCUGACGAAGCAGAUGACUAUCUCGAUGAAGAGAUGGAAGCAGACGCUACGGAGAUGUCUGUUGGACAGAUGCUCGGACGUCACGCGAAAUCUGAGGAAGAUGAAGACGGUUAUGGAUACGAAGAUGAAGAAGACUACUGAAUAUAUAUUUAUAUAUAUAUAUAUAUAUAUAUAUAUAUAUAUAUAUAUAUAUAUAUUCAGUAUAUCUGAAUAUAUAUAUUAGUUUAAUUAUUAGUAUUAUUAGUAUUAUUGUCACAAGCAAAAAUGUUAGGUAGGGUAGAAAAUUUAUUUAAAACGCGAGUUUUUUUUUAUGAUUGUUACACGAUAAUAUUUAAUAUUUUCGUCCACGAUGAAAAGAAGAAAAUGAGUUAGUGAACAUUUUUUCUUAUUUCUCUUUAUACAGGGUGUCCCAA